UCUCCACUGCAACUCCUCUCUUCCUUCUGUUCUUCGUUACAGCUCUAGUUGCUGCUGCUGCUCCCCUUCUGUUUUUGCUGAUCAUCUUCCUUCAAUCAGGUAACAAUAUUCGUAUCUUGAUCAAAUUUAUCAUCUUGAAUUCUUGAUUUCUUGUUGCUGUGUUGGUUUUGAUAUUCUGUUUUUAUAUGUUGUCCUUUUUAUUUGACUCCAUUGUUCUUCAUAUGGGUGUUGCUUAAUUUCUGCAUCUCUUUUUCACACAUGUUUAAUCUUCUGCUCAUGCGGUGGCUGAAAAUCGUAAUGAUACAUAAAUGGGAAAAACGACGGAAUCGAGUAAGGAUAAAAAUCCGUCUGUUCCCCGCAAAGAGAUGGCGGGUUCUUCAGCUCUAAGGUCUCCUCCCCGUAGGCAAUCCGUUCGUGAAUCCUCUCGUCAAAGUUCGACUCAGUCUGACCUGACUCUACGGGAUCUUGCCUCUAUCCAGCCUGCUACGGGUAGUAGUCUUGGAGAUAGUCGAGCCCGUAAGAGACGUGGUUUUCAAGAUGCCCCUCCUUAUCAGUCUAAGCCUUUGAAGAAGCCUCCUAAGAAUUAUAUGCUGCCAAGUGAUAGCUGGCGCCCUCUCGACUUGGAAGCUUGAAAGGAAAAGAGAGGUUUGAAGGGCUUUACUGUAAACUUUUACAAUGACGAGGAUGAUCUGACUUACGAUCUGAUCUCCAACUACAAGUAUGACCAUAUGCAUUGUCUCACCACCGUUGGAGCUAUUGAAGCUGGGAUGCCCAUCCCCUUAUAUCAGAAGGAGGAUUCCUUCGUUUAUGAUGUUCUUGCCUCCCGUGACAAAGUAAAGAGUUCUGCCUGUCGCUCUGCCGUCACUUACACGGGUAACUGGUGGCGUCUACUCGAGGAGUAUCGUCUUCGUCGCCGUGGUGCUACCAAGAUGACCAAGUACAUUCCCAAUCUUGAGCAAACAUCAUGGUACACUCCGGAUAACUUUAACUUUACUUACCAUGACUUUAUUAGUUCGGCGGUUCACAAAAAAUGGAGUGUUGGUCCCAGUCGCCGUAAGAUGUGUAGCAAGAGAGAUUUCGAGAAAGGAUUUUCGACUUCUUCUAUCUGAAGUUGAUAAAGCCAAUAUUUCUUGGGUUCCUGGUACGGAGGAUGAUGUUAAUCCCAUUCCAUUUCCAAGGAAUGAAAUGGUUCGUGAUGACCAUGACUUCAAAUGGCAUCGCACUGUUAUCGAAAUUGUUGGCCCAUGGUGUUGGGGCUGGUCUCCCGUGAAUCCGGAGAAGGUUCGCGAAUCUGGUCCUACAAGAUACGGGGAUUAUACUCCUUGGAUGCUCAACUUCUCUGGUUUCAAGUUCGAUUAUUCGCAGGAGGAGCAAUAUGACAUGUCUUCUAGAGUGAAGGCUGCCAAGAAACCUAAGACUUCUCGAAGUUCUACUGCCGGAUUUCAAGCGGAAGAUUCGGGUGUUGAAACAACCAGUCUCCCCUUGGAGGAAGAGUUUGAGUCUGAGUCUGAUGGUUCCGAUCAAACCCUGAAGAAAUCUUCUUUGCCUGGAUCCCGUAAAGAAGAUGAUACUCCAGAAUCAUCUGCCCGCGGGUCUCCUCCUCAAUCUCAACACGGUGAGAGUAAGGGUGUUGAACAGUUACCCCACGGGGACGAACCCGACGUUGUUUCUCCCGUGUUCUCGUUUGAUGCACAAGGAGCUCAUCAAGAGAAGAUCCUCCAAAUCGAAUCUGCUGACCAUGGUCAUGAAAGAGUGGAAACUCACGCCUUCCCCUUUUGUUCCUACGUUUGAGGACUUGGAUCCCUUGGAAAAAGAUUCAGUUUCCGAAACGUUGAUGGGUGAUGCGGGUCCCUCUUCUGUUGCAACAACUAGGUUUUUGGUGGAUCUUAAUGACUUUGACCCCGAAGAUGAGGAGGCUACUUUGAACUGGGACAGGGAGCGUGGAUUGCUGAGUGGCUUUAGCCCUGAAGUUCCUGUCGAACGCGAUUCUCCAAGUUCCAUGGAAACUCGCAAUCGUAUGAAGCCUACUAGCUUUGAAGACGUGAGGGAUGAUAUGCUUCGUGCUGACCGCAUCUCCCAAUCUUUCGUUGACGUCCCUCCUGCUAGUUUCAAAGAGAUGACUUCCUGUGUUGAUAGUUAUACUUACUUCUUCCCGCAGUAUCAUCUAUCUUCCUUGGCUCGUCAAGUUGAUUACAACUUUCAACUAUAUCAACUUUACAAGUUGAAAGCAACCAAGUUCCAGUCGCUUCUUCGCGAUGCUCAAACCAAGGCCGGAGAUCGUGAAACUGAAAUUGAACAGCUAAAGGCAUCUAUUAGCGGCAUCAGCUCAGCUGAAAAAACAGAAUUGGAGAAUCUGCGUGUUGAGAUGACUAAACUGAAGGAGACUCAUGCUGAAGAUGAGACCAUGAUUUCUCAACUUCGAUCCCGUAACAUCCUACUAAAAGGAGAGCUUCGCGAAAGGAUUGCUGGUAUCAGACGCGAUGUUGAUGCUUCUAGAAUGAAGGAAUCUAAACUUCUUGAAUCAAGGAAUAACUGUGUUGCUGAAAUUAAGUUUCUCAAAGAUGAAUUAUCCCGUGCUUAUUCAUUGAUCCCGUCAAAAGAUCAAGUUCAGGGUUCCCCGAUUGCUAAAGAAGUUGCGAGUCUCUCUGCAUAUGUGAAUGCACGGGAUAAAUUAAUUUCUGACCUUCGUGAGUCUUUACUUAAAGCUGAUGAAGAAAAAUUGCAACGUGCUAAAUUUGCUCAUCAUCUUCAGAAGGAAGUUGAAAAGAUUUCCACCCAGAAUGUUCAUCUUCGACACGAGAAUUCCAUGCAAAGGGUUGAAAUUGACGAUCAUAUCAUGAAAUUGCGUAAUGCCGAGGCAGAUUAUCAGAAACUGUCCAGUGAAUAUAAGAUCUUGAAUGAGAGUCGUGAUGUUUUAUUUGAUGAAUUUAAUAAGUUGAGAUAGCUUGUAGGUUGCUUAAAUGGACCGUCAUAUGUCUCGUUAUUCUUCUUUCUUUAACUCUUCCCUUAUUCCGCUAUUCUUGAUAGUGCCACAGAUGUCGAGAAACGGGAAGAUAGCCUUAAGCUUGAAGUGGUGAAUUUAAAGAAGCAAUUGGAGGAUGCGGCAUCUGCAAAAAUUGCAGAGUUGAAAAAGCUUCAUAAAGAUGCCUCGGAACAUGCCCGUAGAUCGAUGAAUAAGUUUAUUGACCGUGUGAACCAUGAUCACAAGCAAAAUAUUCACAAGGCAUGCGAUCAUGUCAAAUGAUUGACACUCUUCUUUCAUAGUUUUUUUUUUGGCUGUUGCUUAACAGAUGGAUUUGUUGUUUAUCACUCCUCUUUUGAUGCGAACUUCCUCCAUUAUACUUUGUUCGUUCUAUAUGUGUUGCUUGUGACUUCUUAUGAUAUGUCCCGCCCUUUUUCAAUUGUCGAGUUGAUAAGA